AGGGCUGUGGGCGGAGGCGGCCCCUCCGCGCCCGCGCCUUUGGGUGUCGCUUUGCUUCUUCCACCCACUCGCACCUGCCACCGCGCGGAUAUCAUGUCGAAGGCGGCCGGAAGCGGAGCGGCGGCGGCGGAAAGUUGUCCCCCAGCCUCUGCUGGCCCAUCCGCGGCCGUGGAGGACCUGUCCAAAGUGUCGGACGAGGAGCUGCUGCAGUGGAGCAAGGAGGAGCUGAUCCGCAGCCUGCGGCGCGCCGAGGCCGAGAAGGUGAGCGCGAUGCUGGACCACAGCAACCUCAUCCGCGAGGUGAACCGCCGCCUGCAGCUGCACCUCGGCGAGAUCCGCGGGCUCAAGGACAUCAACCAGAAACUCCAGGAGGACAACCAGGAACUGAGGGACCUCUGCUGUUUCCUGGAUGACGACCGGCAGAAAGGCAAGAGGGUGUCCCGGGAGUGGCAGAGACUGGGCCACUUCACAGCUGGCGUGAUGCACAAGGAAGUGGCCUUAUACCUGCAGAAGCUGAAGGAGCUGGAGGUGAAGCAGGAGGAGGUGGUGAAGGAGAACAUGGAGCUCAAGGAGCUCUGCGUGCUGCUGGACGAGGAGAAGGGCGCCGGCUGCGCGGGCAGCCGCUGCUCCAUCGACAGCCAGGCCAGCCUGUGCCAGCUCACCGCCUCCGCGGCACCCUACGUGCGGGACGUGGGCGACGGCAGCAGCACCUCCAGUACGGGCAGCACCGACAGCCCGGACCACCACAAGCACCAUGCGAGCAGUGGCAGCCCGGAGCACCUGCAGAAGCCUCGGGCAGAGGGCAGCCCGGAGCACGCCAAGCAUAGGAGCACCAGCCCAGAGCAUCUACAGAAACCCAGGGCCUCUGGGACCCCAGAUCACCCCAAAGCACUCAAAGGACCCAGCCCUGAGCACCACAAACCCUUGUGCAAGGGCAGCCCCGAACAGCAAAGGCACCCGCACGCAGGGAGCAGCCCCGAGACGCUGCCCAAGCACGUGCUGAGCGGGACCCCGGAGCACUUCCAGAAGCACAGGCCUGGGGGCAGCCCCGAGCACACCAGGCACAGCGGAGGGAGCCCUGAGCACCUUCAAAAACAUGCCCUCGGUGGGAGCCUGGAGCAUCUACCCAGACCCAGGGGCACCAGCCCCGAGCACCUCAAACAGCAUUAUGGGGGGAGCCCUGAUCACAAACUCGCCGGCGGAGGCGGCGGCGGCGGCGGCGGCGGCGGCAGCAGGGAGGGCACGCUGCGCAGGCAGGCGCAAGAGGACGUGUCACCCCAUCACCGCAAUGUCUACAGUGGCAUGAACGAAUCAACCUUGUCCUAUGUUAGGCAGCUGGAGGCAAGAGUAAGACAGCUGGAGGAAGAGAAUCGCAUGCUGCCCCAGGGUUCUUUUAGGUUGUCAUCAGGGGCUGAUGGGAAUAACAGUUCACCCAGCUCUCCAGCUAGCUUCAGUGGACAUAACACACCUUCUCAGCAGCCUGAGCCCGUGGUACAUUCUCUUAAGGUCUUGGAUGUUCAGGAAACUAUAGAUCGUCAACAGGGUAAAGAGUAUGAACAUGACCUUAGUGAGACAGAAAAAGCUAUAGUCAGAGAAAUGUGCAAUGUUGUGUGGAGGAAACUUGGAGAUGCUGCAGGUUCGUGUCCUGGGAUUAGACAGCAUUUGUCUGGAAACCAGUACAAAGGACCCAUGUGAGAAACACACUUUCAAGCAGGAGAUCACCACUGCCAGAAACAGGAAAGAAGAAAGGAGUGGAUUUCCACAGACCUGAGCUCAUGGAGUGAUUGUACAUUGCAGCACAUAUUUUCCCUCUGCAAACCUUUAGUAUAACUAAAGCUGUAUUUUAUGUCUCUCGCUUUGAUGUCUACAGUAGUCAAUUUCAAACAAGGUAGCUUUGAAAAUCACCAUUUUGGUACCAGUAUUUUCAUUAGAACUAAAACAUUUUUGACUCCUUAGAUCUAAGAUUAUAAUUGGGAAACACGCAUGAUUGGAAGAGUGCAGUAGAGCCCUGGUGGUUUUGAUAGUUGACUCAUUGCAUUUAAUGGUGGGAGUUUAUUACCACGUUGUAUUGAAGAUGAUAAGAGGUGGGUGGGUGUCUUCCAAAUUCCCAACUUUGAGAGUUGAGUACCUAUUUCUUAUAUUUUAGUCAGCAAAAUACUAGUUCCUGAUGCAUAAUUUAGAUGCAAGAUAAGAUUAGGUUUCUGGGAUUUUGUUUUGACUUUUGAGGUGCUAACAUACCACAUAAAUUCUCCUUACCAACUGGUAGCAAGACUUUUAGAGUGCUUAUCAGAAAGUACCAUUUAUUUCAAAUGAUCAAAAUAGAUAUAUCUUUUCUUUUAAUCUUGAGAUAUUUUUCAUGAAGACACAUCUUGGGGACAUGUCAACCUCCAUAAUCUUUCAGUGUAUCCAUUGAUGUUAAUAUUAACAAUUUCAAUUAAAGAACAAGCAAACAGUUUUUCUAAGUGUUUUCAGCUGUGAGAUGUCAAUUUCUACAAUUUAGUUUCUAGACAUGCUGUUAUAUUUAAUAAACUUCAUGUAAACUUUAAAAUAUUGCACUGCAUUUACGAAAAGCUUUCUUUGUCUACAGCAGCUAUCUAAUAUUUUAUGAAAACUGACGCAUGUCCUUCAUUAUCGAGGCUAAAAGCUUUGUUCAGAUUGCUUGAGGUUUGAAAAGAGGCGUGCUAGCUUUGCUCACUUUAUUUCUUAUUUUUGGUAUAUAUAUAUAUAAUAUUAGACUGUGUGUAUUGGAAAUGCUAUGAUAGGUAUUUUGUGUUUAUUCCAAUGCAAUGAUAGUUCUCGUAUGAAUGUGCAAGAGGCCCGUGACAGAAUGCUAAGUUUUUACUGUAGUUUAAGAUUAUUAAAGUAGGAAUGCAACAAUUCCCAGUUUUCAUAUUUCUUCUAAAUUACUCAUUUAUAGCAGAGUUCUGUUGUUUUAAAAUGGGCUCAUUACACAGUUUAUUAAUGGUCAUUGGUGAAGGGGUUUUGUUAAAAUGUUGUGAUGAAAAAAGUCCUCUGCUCUCAGAAAAUAUUUAUGACUUAAUUUACUAUAGAAUAAUCUCUUUAAUUAUUGUAAUUGGGUUACACUUAAACCUAUCUGUCUUUUAUAUUUUUAAAUUAUUACUACUCAGUAAAAGAAAAUUGCUUGCUAUAUUUACACCUUCUCGUUAGAAAAGCUUUCAUCCUUAAAUUGUUGUAUUCCUUCUCUCCGAAGACAUUUAAAAUAAGUUUUUGUGCCUGCAGAAGCUAAUACAAGGAACACUGGUCUUUUGACAAAAUACUUGUGUAAAUUUUGAUACUGUAUUAAAACUAUUUUUUUAAAGUUCCGCAUAAAAUUGAG